CUCCCUCAGACAACAUGAGGAAGAAAGACUCAAAAGGGAACCCACCCUCUUUUGGGUGAAUAUACACAAAUAUACUAUAAAAUCAGUCAGAAUUAAGUGUAGUGAAAGGAUGUUUAAUAUGAUCAUAUUGUGAAUAAGCAUGCUGGGAUGAGCACAGGACAGUCUUUAUGAUUACACCAGCAGCACAAAUCUAUGCUAUCCUGGUGAGAUUAUCCAAUGAAGCAAGGAUGAUGGUUCAUGAAAGGUGUUUCUUGUGUUCCACUGAUUCAGCUCCAGUUGGCUCUGUGUUCAGUGCAUGUGUUGGCCACAGAGUUGUGGUGAUGCUGGGAGGACCGCUGGGCAGUGUGAGCAUGGUGGCUGGAGCAUACACUCAAAAUCUGUUCUAGCUUUACAUCACUGUGGGCUUUCUGACAGUUAAAAAACUACUGCCACUGAUAAAAAUUCUGGCUCUGACCCGGACCCCCACUGUAACCAUGUUGGGCUGCUAUUUUGAGAAGCGGUGGCCUGUUGCCAAAGCUCUCGCCAGCACAGGUGAAUGAAUCGUCACCUUCCUCUUCACACCUUCUUUCCAAUUCCUGGUAGACAAUUAUUCCUGGAGGGGUGCCAUGCUAGUGUUGGGAGCUGUGCAGCUGCACAUGUGUAUGUGUGUGUGUUGUGCACUUCUGAAGCCACUCACUGUCGUCUCUGAUGAGCAGACUCGAGCUACAGACCCUCUCUCAAAUAUACCAUGAACCACAGGAGGCUCCUGACU